UUAUUUAAACUGUUAUUAUUUAAUAAUAACUGCUAAUAAUGGAUAUUGUAGUUUGAUGAUAACAAACAUGGAAAAUAGUUGGCUAAUCGACCGGGGAUUGAAUUAUUUGCACAUGUGUCACGCUGGUGGUCGAGCCGUAGAAAAUAUAUAUCCCACAAAGAACUACGGCGGCGCGGCGACAAGCAGCUGACGGUGCGUUGAACCAAACAAUGAAAAACGUGAUAACGCGACAACUGACGGCUAUGUUAUUAUUAUACUUAUUUGUGGCCCCCUAUCAGCGUUGCUGGCUACAGGCAUACAAUUUCAAUUAGUUACUUAAAAUACUUAAUUUAAGUAGUGAAGGCUUGAUAUUAUGGUCGUUUUUGUUUUUAAUUAUACUUAAAUUUGAACUAAGUUCGAAUUAUUUCUAUGCACUGCCACAAGGAAAUUUACUGAUUAUACUUAUCUGGAACAAAGUUGGAUAAAAAUAUCUAAAAUGUCUUAAGCUUAUUGUUGAAACUUAAACGGUUCAGAUCUGGUAUUAUGACGGCUACUGAUGAAAAUGGAACACCACGCCGACGUAGACUUGUAGUUGAUACACUUAGCGUAGAUUGUACAGAGUUUAGUGGAGCUUUCCUUACCUGUCCCACUUGCUUAUGUGUAUAUGAUGCUGAUGAACAUGCACCAAAACUGUUAUCUUGCACUCACACAGUAUGUACACAUUGUGCUGGAAGAAUGGCUGCUGCAAGCAAAGCUCGUAUGCCUCCACCUCCUGUUGCUGAAGUUGUCGAAGGAAUGGAUGAUUUUACAGUGGAUAAUGGAGCAGCUGAUCAUGAACGUACUCAAAAUCAGGAACAAGCAUCAUUCAAGUGUCCUAUUUGCCGGCAACGUGUAAUGGUACCAGCUGAAGCUGAUGGUGGUGUACAAGCACUUCCACCAGCAUUUCUAGUUAAUCAACUUUUAGAUCUCGUUUGUGCACCACCAACUGGUCAGGCUUCUAAUGGUGGAGCCUUAACUAGUAAACGUACUACAGUAGUUGUACCAACAUGUGCAGGAGGUGCUGGUUCAGAUCCAGGACAUACUGAAAGAGAGUUGGCAUAUUGUAGUAACUGUGAUCAUACAUAUUGUCCUGUGUGUGUUGAGACUGAAGAAGAUGAAGAUGUGGAUGAUAAAGAAAAAGUAAAACUUAUACCAUCUAAUGAUUUAGAAUUGGAACCUAUUCCUCACCAACAGUGUCGUCAUCCAACUGCUGCAGUUUUACCUGCUUCUGUAGCUGCUGCAAGAUGGAGCGAUGUUCUCCAAUAUAGAGCUGCAGAAUUAGCUAAUAAAUUAGAAAGAUGUGUGAAAGCUAUUCAUGCAGAACUACAAACUGUUGAUGAUUCACAACGUCGGUGUUCAGAAGUAGUAGAAACAAUAUUUGGAACUAGAGGUGUUUUUGCAACGGCACUUGAAAACAGAAAAAAUGAAUUGUUAUCUGAUGCAAAACAAAUCUGUCUAAAUCGAAAGUCAAUUUUAGAACGUCAGCUUAAAGAAAUACAAUCUGAAAUAAUGCGAAUAUCAGCAACUGGUCGUAGUAAUAUUAUAUUAGACCCUGAUGUUACAACUGUUGAAGAUUUAUUAGAAUAUGGAAGUGAAGUCCAAACAGUUAGAAAGACUGCUACAGAAAUGGGUCAUAAAUUAGCUGAAAUUACAGGUACAGUUUUAGAACCUGCAGCUAAUGGACAUGUUAGAGUGUGCGGUCUAAAUUCAGGAGAAAUUGAAGAAGCAGAACGUGUAGUACGACAUACCAUACAAAAACUUGGAAUUGUUCGAGCAACCAAAACUUGUCCAUCGCAAUGUACAUUUGAAUACUGUAAUGUUGACUCAGGAAUUUUACCUUCUUCACCUACAGGUGGACCUUUGUUAGUUCCAAAAUCAGUUGGCACUGUUCUUUGCCAGGUAUUAACUAAGGAUUCUGCAGGUCAUAAGAGAAACCAUGGUGGAGAUCCUGUUGAUAUUGAAUGGUGGCCUAUUACUGAUGAUAGCAAUAGUAAAGGAAAUAGAAUAAAAGGUGGUGGAAGAUGUUCUGUCAAUACAGAUGAUGGUGAUUAUGAAAAUAAUUCAGAAAAUUUCAAUGAAGAUGGAGUGAGAGUAAUUGAUCAUGGUAAUGGCUAUUAUACAGUUCGAGCUUUAAUGCAAAAAACUGGCAGAUUUCGUCUUCGAGUUAAAGUACUUGGUCGUCUUGUUCGUCCUACUACCAUAAAUGGACAUCAUGGCUGUAUUGACUUCCGUGUUGUUGAUACUGAAUCUCCUGGCCAAUCUGUUAAAUCUACUUAUGAUGAAGUUAAUUGUUCAAAAUUACAACAACCAGCAGCUGUGACUGCUGUGUGUGGAGAAAAAUUACAUGCCUAUGUGCUAGAUCCUGUAGCAGGUAGAGUUGAUGAGUUAAAUUUGUUAGGACAGUUAUCGGAAUUUAAAAUCUCUAACUGUGAUCCUCUUAUAUUCCGUGGAAAAUCAGCAACAGGAUUAGCAGCAGUAUCUUGUUCACUUGGUACAUUACUAGUAGUUUGUAAUUGGAGAACAGGAGUUGUAUGCAGAGCAAUAAUAACACCUAAAAUUUCACAAAAAGAUGUUAUUCCAUUAGAAUGGUAUCGUAUUAUGGGUAUUACAGUGCAAGAACCCGUGUGCAUAACAAUAGCUAAUUUUAAUGGUAAUGAUGGAUCAAUGUUAUUAUUAUUAGGUGAUUCCCGAGGCUGUGUUCAUGCAUAUAGAAUAUCUAUGAAAGAAACAACUGCAUUACAUAUUUACACGAUUGAUAAUGUAAGUAGUACGAGUGAUGGAGGUGCUGUUGGAGGUGGUACAUUUAUAGCAGUGGCUGAAAGUGAUCUGUAUGUUAUUCCAAGUGCUGAGCGCAGAUCUCUGCAGAAGAAUAUUGGAGAUGCCCAGAAGAUAAAUCAUCAUAAAUUGUUAGUGUAUGAUUUAAUUACUGGGGAGUUUAAACGAAUAAUGUGUCCUGUUACUCCAGAUGACGCUCUAACUGACUCUCCUUUGGAUGCAGACGAAAAUGGCCGCCAGUGUUCAAAUAAAUCAUUUUUGAUAACAUCUCAAUAUUGUGUAAUAGCCACAUGUCCUGGAACACCAAAAGGUCAAAACUACUUGUUGGCAUGUAGAAAACGUAAGCGACGAAUAAGCUCUUCGAGUGGAGCUGGAUGUCCAUAUGCAAUUGAUAUUAUCGAUACAUUUGAUGGAAAGGUGGUGAAUACGGUAAAAUGUUCCCUUAAACGGAGACCGUUGGCUUUAGCUGGGUAUUGGGUUGCUUCAGUACCAAUAAAAACAUUGAGCAAAGAUGACAAUGAUAACAAGACUUUAGAAGAGCACGAGUCUGAUUGUGAUAACCUGGAUAAAAUGGAUAGUCAAUCUAAAUUUCCAAUUUAUUAUGAAUAUUAUGCACUUGUAGCAGAUGGAACUGUUGUGAAUCGUUAUAGAUUUCGAUAAAAGACUUAGUUUAUUUCUACGUACAUUAAACACUUGUACUUAACUAACGUAAUAAACUAUCUUUUGUGUGUGUUUGUGUGACACGUACGAUUAAGUUUUUAAUUAAAAUAUUGAAGAAUAUUAAACUAGUGUUAAUCUCAAAUAUUCUACUUAAUAUGAAUACUCUAGUCCUUUUAUUAUUAUUUUAUGAUUAUUUAAUUUUAAUAUAUUAUUAAUACAUUAAAUGUGUUGAAAAUAAAUAGACUGUACAAGGCUGUA